UAAAAGAAGAAGUCACUGGCCCUGUUCAGGCAUAGCUAUCUCUGCUUUAAAACUGCUGAUCAGAGAUGGCACUAGUGUGAAAAAUAUGGCGAGGAGUAAAGCUAAACGAAAAGCACAUGUUGUAGAAAAAGAAGAGAAAAGCGAUGUAGACAUUAAAAAUGUUCCCCCAUCACGGUUAUCUGAUGAACCACCACCCAAAAAAGUAAGGUGGACCAAUAAGCAAAGAGUACUGAUAUUCGCAUCUAGAGGUAUUACUUAUCGUGACCGUCAUCUAAUGCAAAAUUUGCAGUCCUUGCUUCCUCAUUCAAGGAAAGAGUCAAAAAUGGAGAAAAAAGACUCGUUGUUUGUUAUAAAUGAGAUAUGUGAAAUGAAAAAUUGUAAUAAAUCUAUAUAUUUUGAAAACAAGAAAAAAGAAGACCUCUACAUGUGGGUAUCUAAUGUACCAAGAGGACCAUCUGCUAAGUUUCUUGUUCAGAAUGUGCAUACAAUGGAGGAACUGAAAUUAACAGGGAACUGUCUGAAAGGCUCAAGGCCUUUGCUUUCAUUUGAUAAGAAUUUUGACAAGGUUCCUCAUUUUUCACUUUUAAAAGAGCUACUAGUACAGGUCUUUGGUACACCAUACCAUCAUCCUAAAAGUCAGCCUUUCACAGAUCAUGUCUUUACUUUCUCCAUCCUUGAUAACAGAAUCUGGUUCAGAAAUUAUCAGAUAAUGGAAGAAGAUGGCUCCCUCGUGGAGAUUGGACCCAGGUUUGUCUUGAAUCCAAUUAAGAUUUUUGAGGGAAGUUUUGGUGGACCAGUCUUGUACAGUAAUCCCAAGUACAUUUCUCCAAAUGUUCAUCGGGCAAUGUUGAAGAAAAUGUCUUCAGGCCGUUAUAAGGAUCGAGCAGAACAUAAAGAGUUUACUAGAAACAGGAAGCCUGAAAAGUCAUACAACCUAGACCCUCUAGAUGAAAUAUUCACAACAAUACCACCUGAAGAAGCCAAGGGAAUUGCCAAGAAGACGUUUUUUAGAAGAAAGAAAUCAUGAAUAUAUAUAUAUAUGGUUUUUCAUAGUCAAAAAUCAACUGAUGUUUUGGAAUGGGAGAACCAUUGUACAUCACAUUAUUGAGGGCUUAUUAAAAUAUGUUUUUUAAAUUGUA